GUAGGAGGAGUCGUCAACGUCAACACUGCAGUUCUUCACUAGCAGCUACUGUAGCUGGCUGGCUGCACACCCAAAGUAAUCUAAGCAAGCACCGGAGAAAAGGAAAAGGCCAUAAUGGCAGCGUCGUGCUCCCAACUGGACCCAGAUCUAAUGAGGGAGGUUCUUGAAUGCCCCAUCUGCCUGGAGACCUACAAUCAGGACCACCUGAGACCUAAACUUUUGCAGUGCGGCCACACAGUGUGUCGACUAUGUCUCGAGAAACUCUUGGCUAAUACUAUUAAUGGCGUUCGCUGCCCCUUCUGCAGCAAAGUCUCACGGAUGAGCAGCAUCUCUCAGCUGGCAGAUAAUCUAACUGUGCUAAAAAUUAUAGAUUGCACUUUGUCCUGCAGUGCUGCUGCUGCUGCACUAAUGUGCAAGUCCUGCUGCAACCGUCUACCAAGACAGUACUGCCACAACUGUUCUACCGUUCUCUGUGAAGUGUGUAAAGGUGAGGGCCACCUGCAUGAAGGUCAUUCAGUUCAGCCAAUUAAGGUGGCUGCUGAGCAGCGUCGUAAAGAACUGGGCGGGAAGCUGGCUGCUCUCCGGGAUGUCAUGGGUGAAAUUCAAAAGAAGAAGACGGCGAUUGAAAAUAUUUCUAAGACCUUGAGACAAAAAUAUCGGGCAGUUCAGCUGGAGUACAACACGGCUGAGCAACAUCUUCAAGGGGAGCUCAGCAGAUCUCGGAGGCUGUUCACAGCCUCGUUGGGAGAAGUGGAAAAACUCAAUGCGCAGGUCCUGGAGGAACAAACGUAUCUUCUCAACCUCGCAGAAGUAAAAGUGGUGUCACGCUGUGAUUAUCUGACUGUGCAAGUAAGGCAGAGUGAUGUCGCCCUGCUCAAAGAUGAUGGUGCAGGAAGUGACGAUGAAGAGCUAGACCUGAGGGGCAGUUUAUCCACACAGUUUCAGCUUCAAGAGCCGGCGCUGGUGAGAAUAGAGCAAUCAAAACCUCUAGAAGUGGGGCAUUUAACCACAAACACUUGCGUCAUUAAUACAGAGGAAGACAAUGGAGGUGCAGAGACUGUAUUUGAGAGUGUAUCUGGGCCAGGAGGUGCCACAGGAGGUGCUGUAAAGGUUCCGGUGGAUCUUUACAGGGAUGUCGACAUGGUCUCUGCAGUAGAGGAGACGGUAUGUGGUUCACCAGGCAGCUUUAAGUCCAAGUCCAUGGAUGAAGGAGGAGGAUCAACUGCUGGAGCAAGUUCAGGACCACCAGUGUGCCAAUUUGUAAAGAAGAUGGGCUGUAAGGGAGCUCUACCUGGGAUGUUUAAUUUACCAGUGAGCAUCUGUGUGACGCCACAAGGUGAUGUACUAGUGGCUGAUCGUGGAAAUUGCCGUGUCCAGAUUUUUAAUCGCAAAGGUAUCCCACGUGAAAUCCGACGUAAUGCCAGCAUUGACAACUUUGUCCUGAGCUUCUUUGGGGCUGACCUGCCAAAUCUAAACCCCUUAUCAAUUGCUGUGACACCACAAGGCCUGAUUGGUGUCACUGACAACUAUGAUAACUCUGUAAAAGUCUACACAAUGGAUGGCCACUAUGUAGCUAGCCACAAAAACCAACUGAUCAAACCAUGGGGGAUUACUGCCAUGCCGUCAGGUCAGUUUGUGGUGUCAGAUGUGGAAGGGGGCAAGCUGUGGUGUCUCGCUGUGGACCGCAACGUAGGCGUCGUCAGCUACAACCGAUUGUGCUCUGCUGUGCGGCCAAAGUUCGUGACGUGUGACGCAGCAGGAACGGUAUAUUUCACCCAGGGCUUGGCCCUGAACUUUGAGAAGCGGCAGAAUGAACCCCACCUGGAGGGUGGCUUCUCCAUCAGUUCAGUGGGCACCAAUGGCCAGCUUGGCAAACAACUCAGCCAUUUCUUCUCAGAGACCGAGGACUUCCGCUGUAUCACUGGCAUGUGUGUGGAUGCCAACGGGGACUUGCUGGUUACAGACAGUGGUAGAAAAGAAAUCCUGCAGUUUCCCAAAGAAGGUGGAUUUAAUAUUCUGAUCCGAGAAGGGCUGAACUGCCCUGUGGGGGUUGCCACUACCCAGAAAGGGCAGCUGUUAGUACUAGAUUGCUGGGACCACUGUGUUAAAGUCUAUACAUACAUUCAAAAGAGGCAUUCUUCCACUUAAAAGAUGAACUGAACAAGUUCAGUAGGUUUGGUCAGAAUUGACCUUUGAGAAAGGAAGCUUUAGUGUAGAUUAAAUCCAAACAAUUGCCUCCCUGGCUUUCAUUGUUACACCACAUUUGUAAACUCGUAUUCACUCGUUACUCACUGCUUCCGACUUAAAAACGGGAGAAAACACCAAUAUGACACCAGGUCCUUUUAAUUGGCUGUUUUAUCCAUCUUUUCGCCUGAAUGUGUGUGAAGUAAGUAAACCUGAAGAAACAGUGGCUGAUAAUAUACUUACAUAUGAAAUAAAGCACACUAAGGCUUUUGGCCUGUGAAGCACUUUAUUCUCGACACCACUGUGUCCUAUCAACGGGUUUCAGUAGCACACUAAUGAUAAUGAAGCUGGCAGCUUUAAACAUUUACUUUGUUAGUCUUUAAUGACAAAAGUCUAAUGAAUUAUCAAUCAUUUGCAUUUGGCAACAUUCAGAGAACGUGCAGAAUAGGAAGUACCUUCUAGACGAGUGCUGAACUGUAAAAUCAUAACCUGAAGGGCUGUGUGAUAAAUAUGGAGCCAUGGUGAUAGAUGUUUGGGGGUUUGAUUUUACAUUUGGGUCAUGUUGUUUCCUCGUUGGUACAGUUAUAUUUUAUUUAUUUUCUUUAACAUUUUUAAGGGUUUUUUGGUCACUAAAAGCAAUGCGUUUCUUUAAAAAUUCCAUUUUAGUUUUAGUUCAGCUUUUCAGAAAAAAAACUGCAUUCAUUACAAAAACGGAAGCUUUCAUUUCUUAAAACAAUUCUCACGGUUUCCUGGCAACUUAGGUCCAACUGUAUCACGAUUGCAUUUCUGUUUCUUUGUUGCUAUUCUGGAGCUUAAAGCAGGAGGAUAUAUAUGGACACUGAAGGUAAUUACAAGUUACAAAGGCUGGUUCAUUUCUGGUUUAGCUCUGCUUCAGUGAACUUACAAGCACUCGCCUUUACAAGUGAAAAGCUUCUGAAUUUAGAAGACAAGAUUUUGCUCAACAUGAACAGUGUUGGUUAAGGCUACUUACUGUUAUUAAGUAUGGAAAGAACAUGGGAUGAAUAAAAAAAAAUGUUUCUGCUCCAAAAAUGUUUAUUUAGUAGAGUACACAUCAGUGCAAUUGUGUCAUGUGUGGCCAGUGAUAUUAAAGCAAUAUUUAAUUUUUUUUUACACAUUUCUGGGUUUUAGCUUCUCUGUUAUCCUUUUAGUAGACAAGUGCAUCUAAAACCUGGGAAAUUGUGCAGGAUCCUUGCUUUUCCUUCAGACUUGUGAUGAGUGAUGUGAUGUCAACACUGCCCCUUUUUACAGAAAAACAUCCAGGAAUGCAUAGCACUCAUAACUACAGUGACACGGUGUAGUCUGUUUUUUUGGGAUCAUUAAACCAAACUGUAUCCCUGUUCCUGUCGACGUGAUCUCUAGGAGAUCCCAGCUGACAGGAGUGUUGGGAAUAAUGAGUGGAAACUUAAGCAUUGCAACACUAUUUUUCAUUUGCACAGAGAGCAACCAGGUGUAUCGCACUUCAGAUUUAUCUGAGGUAUUUUUCUACUGAAUUUCAUUCAAUUUAGCCUAUUUUUGCAGUGAAACGAGGCUCAUUAGAUGUAACUGGAUACAUGUAUCCUAAUACUCACUGAUUUAAAGGAAGAUAGAUUGGUAGCAGGAUGUUAGUAGGGUUUGUAACAUUCAAUCACACAAAAAUCUGUCUUCCAGUCUCUCGUUAGAGCUUAACAAACAAACACACACACACACACACACACACACACACACACACACACACACACACACACACACACACACACACACACACACACACACACACACACACACUUGGCUUUUAAAACAUACAUUUCCUACCUAAAAGCAACAAUUUACAUGUGAGAAUCAAAGUAAAAACAAAGGAUAAUAGGAAUACAGACAUUUCCUUUGUGCUUUAUAUUUAUUUUUGAUAUUUUUAUGUUGAGACCAAAAGUAAAUCCAUGUUUGAUUCAAUCCUGCCCCAACUGCAUGCCAUCGUCACCAUGUCUGCUUAGUGAUCAUUAGCUGUAGUCAUGAAAAAAAAAAUCCAACUGUAAAAAAGCCUAAAUCUCCCCUAAAGUCAAGUGUCCUUGUGUCAGUGUGAUGAGCCUUGGAGUGAAUCAGCCGAAUACGUUUUAUUGUGUUUCAUAAGAGACUUCCUGGUUAGUCAUUAAUUUAAAACUACUGAAAUAUUAUGGUGCGUUUUCCUUCAUGCUAAAUUCUUCGGAAGCUAUGACUUUUGCCUGUUGGGUACAUUAGGAUGUCUCGGUGUACUUAAAGUCAUGUUUGUGUUGAUAAAGUUGAGUGCAAUAAAUAUUUAUGAACCAAAA